GCCGGUUAUGAGGGCAGCAUUGAUCUGGCUUAUGAACUUGCUACACUUCACUUUAUGCUAUGUGGUAUCUUCAAAGGAGUUCAUCAGCAAACCAAAGAACAACUAGAGCCAUUGCCUACAAUCCUCAAGGCCCUAGCAGAAGGCCUCCCUGUCCCAGAAUGCAUCACUCAGGAUCAGAGUCAGGAAGAGAGUGAAGAACCAGAGUACAUGUUUCCUAAGGACAUGAGAAAUUUCCGUCCUCUUGUGAAAAAGUGUCAAUCGCUCAGCAGCCUAAUGAGGGAACAGCUGGUACCCCUGCCAAGGAUUGAGGAAAGGGGAAAGAAGAACAGACGUCAUGUGACCCGCACACAGAGCGUUCCUGCACAGAGCAGACCAGGACGAGAGCGCAGGACAAGGGCAGAUAAUAACUCAGUGGCUGAUAAAAAUCAGGAGGAUAUUGCAAACACACUGUAAAGAGAACACCACGGCUUCGACAAUCAUCCACUCUUCCCAGGCGAAAGUCCACUGUCCCAUGGUGCAGAAAUGAGGACCAUCAUCUCAUUGAACCAAAGAGUGAGGAAGAAGAAAGCCAGGAGAUACAUCUGCAGGAGAUGAGGGGGCAGAUUGCUGAGAAUCUGGGUAAGCAGAAGGACCUGGAGGGGCAGCUUCUGAUCAUGACAGAGAAGGUGCAAGAAGUCAUGAACCAGCUGGCUCGAAUGGAAGAGAUGUACCAUGCAUUACAGGCUGAGAUGACUGAACAGAUGAGCACAAUGCAGAAGAGGAUUGAUGUCUUGGAGAAGAACUCUGCAGAAGUAAAAAAAGAGAAAAAUGAACAGAUAGAAGUUCUGGAGAAGCACCUAUCAUCUUUCAAGAAGAACUGCUGGAAGAAACAUGAACAUUUCACAAACCCCCACAGGGAGGAAGAGGACAAGAUUGAGAAUGCUUGUGAAAACACAGAUAUCAUUAUGGAUUGCGCUAUGACAAAUAAUUCAGAUACUGCUUAG